UUCAAUUCCCUUCCAGAAAGCAAGAAAUAUAUACUCUAUCCAUCUCUUGAUAUUCUGAUUUUCUUUUCUUCUGUCUGUGUGAGCGUGCUUCUGUUUGAAAGAUAUGGCAAGCAAAACAAGAAAUUAUGCGUAUCAAAUUUUGAACAAACGGGAAGACCCUUUAACCCAAAUACCUUAUCACUUCAGUGAAAAUGUGUUUUCUAUGGCGAAUUGGCAAAACGAGUUAGCCACACAAGAGAGUUUUCUUGCUGCUUAUCCUUUAAUUGAGAGCUUCGUGCCUGAUCCUUUUUGUGCUUCGUUGGAGAUUGAAAAUAGUACCAUUCAUGAGGAUGUCAAUGGUCUUGGUGACUGGAAUGAGUUCAGUACUUUAUUUGAUCCCCAGAAGCAGCUUCUUCUUUCGUGCGAUAGUGCUAGAGGUUCAUCUAGAACAGAACCAUUUGAGGAAGAAAAGAAGGCUAAAAAAUGCAGAGAAGAAAAGGUCAAUAACAGUAUUUCCAAAGCUUUAUCAAGGCAAACAAUAUCCAUGUAUUUCUACAUGCCUAUAACUCAAGCAGCAAAGGAACUAAACGUGGGCUUGACCCUUCUGAAAAAAAGAUGCAGAGAGCUGGGGAUUCGAAGGUGGCCUCACAGGAAGCUAAUGAGCCUCCAAACCCUCAUUAAAAAUGUGCAGGAAAUGAAGAAGGUGGAGGGGGAAGAAAGUGAAAAAAAGCUAAGAGAAGCCAUAGAAAUAUUGGAGAGAGAAAGGAAGAUGGUAGAGGAGACUCCUGACAUGCAGCUUGAGAACAAAACAAAAAGACUGAGACAAGCAUGUUUUAAAGCAAAUUACAAGAAGAGAAGGCUUAUGGGAAUGAUAGAUAAACCAUCAUCUUCUUCAAGUAGCACCAUUACUAAUAAGAUGAUGAAUGAAGAUGAAGAAAACAUUGAGGAAUAUGAGGAGAUCAUAUCCCUGUUGGCAGAUCCUACUUCUCAUACCAAUAUGUUGUUCUGAGUUCGAUUGCAGUCAAUCUAAUUAAGCUGUUAGGUUCUUCGUUAAUACUAUAUAUAUACAUCCAUAAUAAAUGUAAAUGUGAUAUGUUAAAUACUUCAAAUUAACCAAAUUAUAAAAAAAUGGUUCAACUG